AUGGCAACCCUCCCCGUGUCAACGCCGCCGGGACUUCUCCCGCGCCACCAUACCUACCCUAGCGCCACGUCGCCGCCGUACGUGCCGGCGGUCGGCCGCCCAUCCGCCGCCUAUCGCGUCGUCGCCCUCGUCCAAUGGACCCGGCCUUACCCAGGCUGGCACAAGCUCAACUUUGACGGGUCCGUCCACCACGACGGCUCCGGGCGUGCGAGCAUCGGAGGCGUCAUCAGGGACUCAUACGGCCACACCAUGCUCGCGUUCGCUGAGAGGACGCCGCACGCGGGUGUCGGCCAGGUCGAAGCUAGGGCGCUUAUUCGUGGGCUCAACCACGCGCUUGCGAUAGGAUGCAAUCGGCUCGUCGUCGAGGGCGACGACCUCACCUUGGUGAGGCUGCUUCGCCGUGAGUCGGCGCACACGCGCAUUCCUUGGGACAUGUACCACCACAUCGUCCGUCUCCUUUGCUGCUUCGAGGAUGUCGAGGUGCGGCACGUCUACCGAGAAGGCAACCAGGUGGCCGACACCCUCUGCCAUGAAGCGUAUCGGCGCCCCGGAGUGUGGGGAUUGCACCAGCUGCUCCCACCUGCCGUCUGGGCCAAGGUCGAGGAUGACCGUCACGGUGCAGUAUACGAGCGACUCCGACGGUCACGAAGAUGA